UACGAACAAUUUACACCUGUUAAUUAGAGAUAAGGGGAAGAAGACAUAUUAGUUAUGAUAUUGGCUGAAACUUUGUUGUUCUCUCUAUCUCUGAUCGAUUGCGGUGCAAUUUUAUUUCUGUUAGUUUACUAUAUAAUAACGCUGUCUGACUUGGAAUGUGAUUAUUUGAAUGCUCAGGAGUGUUGUGAGAAAUUAAACUACUGGCUAUUGCCUAAAUACAUUGCGCACUCGUUCAUAACAUUCCUAUUGCUACUUCAUGGGCAGCUGGUUCUAUUUCUGAUUAAUCUGCCUAUGUUUAUAUGGCUCACGUUUGAAUAUCUGACCAUACCUCAAGGAAACUUAGGAGCUUACGAUCCAGCUGAGAUACACAAUCGAGGUAACCUAAAGAAACACCUGAGAGAUGUUAUGAUAUACAUUGGGUACUAUCUCAUAUUCUUUUUCAUAUACCUCUACUGUUUCAUCCUUGCUCUAUUGAAAGGGGACCCAUUACAAAGGCAUGCUGAUGAUGAAAUUAUAACUAAAAUGUAAAAAUGUCUGAUAAUUCAGUAGAUAGUAUUGAUUUGGGAGAA